GCGAAAGAGUGAAGGACGAGGUGCCAUUGUGAGAGAACUACGAAUCUCGAGGCCGUCCCAGGUGUUUGCCCGAGACGCGGUUCCGGUCGAUUAGUCAUACUCUCCCUUGCUCAUUACGAAACUAUCAAUCAACAUGCUGCCUGUCAUUUACGUGUACGUCGCUGCCAUCGCGUGCUGUUUUGCCCGGUCUGCAAAAGACGGGGGUGACGUGGAGAACGCCGACAAGGUAAGCAUGUUAUGAUAAUGUGAAAAAUAAGAAGAAAAAUCCCUCUUUUGCUUAAUGAAGACGCAUCCGUACUUUUCUCCACAAUCAAGUUUUAGGAUUACCACUAUGCAAUUUUUCUUUUAGGGUUCGCCUUCAGCUCGUGGGUUUCUUGCGAAGGACGCAGUUACUGCGGAGUUAGAAAUCUCACCUGCUGCCGCUGAGGGUCGACCCCCUCUUGACGAUGUUACCGGCACCAUUGUGGAAUUUGGUGGAGAGCCUGGCGACGAUGUACCGGUUGCUUUGGGUGCGACCACCGUCACGAAGGAGGGGCCCGCCCCGUCUGGACAGGCCGAAGAGACUGGUGAGAAAGAGCAACCUCAGCAGCCGAGCUCUUCUGAAGAAAAAGCCGACGCUGCAGCUGCAAUAUUGUCCAUCGCUGCUCCUGCUGUUGCUGCAGAGGAGAGUAAAAGUACAGCUACCCCUGUCAAGGAGGAGAGCAGCAAAGAGGAACCGGGCAAGACUGCAGAGGAGCCGGCUGCUGACAAAACUGCAGGCGAACCUGGCGCGACUGCUUCCACUUCUAGGGAAACGACUUCUAGUGGUGGAGGAGCUUCACCGAACAAGAAAGUGAGCGAGAUGAUGAAGAAGUUUGGCGGUACUGGUGGUAGCUCGCCUGCGGCCAAAGCCACGCCGAAGGAAUCAGGUGUGAGCACAGCCAAGAAGUGGCCGAAGCCAGGGCAGCCGAAGGAUGCAACGUCUGCGACCGUGUCUGAAAGCGCUCCAACUGGCACUGGUACAACUCCACAAGCAGCUGCUGCUGACGUCGAAAUGUUGCCGGAGAAAGAAGAAGGCAGUCCAAGCGCCACUCAGGAAAAUAAAGACACGGAGCCGACUGCGGCUGUGUCUUUCGUUGAGGGUGGACAAGGAACCGGUGGUGCGAUGGAUGUCGAUUCGAGUACAGCUCCAGUGGAACACGAGGAGACGAGUGGGGCGCCGGGGGAGGAGUGUGCCGCUCCGGUGAGCAAUACCGCGGAAGGCGCGCUGCUGUCCGCGAACGUGAACAGUCAGUUGGCCACGGAUAUCCAAGAGAAGAUGACCCUGGAAGACAAGGAAACGAACGCUUUGACAGCUAGCCGAGCGUCGUCGCUCGUCGAUACAUCUGUAUUGAAACCGGACUUAGACACCGAGGAGGGCGAAGGCGACGAAUCGAAGGGCGCAACAUCGCCAACCUUCCUCGGACAGAACAUCGGCGACGACGCAAUGCUUGCCGCGGAACCCAAGGAUACUGCUGCCCCCGCUACUGCUGCUGCUGCUGAUCAAAGUCCGAAGACACAAGAGGAGAGCAAGCUGGUUGUCGACCUCCUUUCGGAUGACAUUAACAUGGAGGGACAAUUACCGGCAGCAGCUCCUACCUCCUCUUCCAGUGGUGGUGGAGCCGUAGCUGCUAUGGAAGUUAUGGUAGUGUUAAGUACUUAACUACUUACAUAAUCAGCAUCAACAGCAUUGAACAUGCUCAAUGCUGUUGUUGAGCCGCACGUGGCAGUCGCGAGCGUGGCUUCACUUUUUCUCAGAAAGAUGAUUCAAAGAUCGGUGAUCUAUCUCAGACACCUGCAUCACUCUAAAACGACAGGAGACGGAGGUAGCGCUGCUGGGGCGGUCACCGCCCAUACUGGCGACGACGAGACACAAAGGAGCAUUGUGGGAAAUCGCAUCAGAUUCUUUGAACAAAUAGUGCGGUCGAAGGGAAAGGAUAGCGUCACUGGCCGGGCAGCGAAGGAAGUCAAGUCGAGCAAGGACACUGCGGAAAAGGAACCUUCGGCGUAAUCCUGGAAGGGACUUGCGCUGACUGUAAGUUGAUAUUGGAUCGAAAGCAGUCGCGCUGAUGGAGGAGGUGCAUGAAUAAGUAAGAGAUUCCCUUGAGCACCAGUACGACUUGCAUAUAGUCAUCAUUUAUUUUCUUCAUACUACAUCUGCAUGGUAGUUCCAGGUCUCGUCAUUGUCGCUGAAUUAAAUACUUAAUAUCUCGGGCAAAGGCGACCAGAAUAUUUACAGGAGGACGAGGACCUUUGAGUCAGACACUGAGUUUGCAGAAACAAGACGUAGUACUUCUUUGGCAUAUACUUAUGCGAAGGAAUACAGCUAGAAACUGCCCGUGAGACAAACACAAAUCUAUCUAUCACCGGCUGUACAACUAGGGAAUUAUCUUCUAUCAAUCUUUAAUUCCUCCUUUUCAUAUCUUUAUCCAUCAAUUUUGAGAACACAGAUGCCGCUAGCAGAAUGCAUGGUAACUGUGUGAGGAGAUGGACAACCAUGGCACUGUCGUGAUCCGUAGUUGAGAAUCCGGCACCCUUGUGAUUGUGACCUCAUAGAUGACCAACGAGCCAGAAAACGUGAAAGUUUUUACCAAUUUGUGUGAUAAAGGUCUCGUAUUUACCAGCCGUUAUAGAAGUGAAAGAAAACGAUUCUUCUUCGUGACAGGAAUAGACUUUAGACGCAUCACUGGGUGUCAUCUCACCGAAAGCAUAUACCAAUAGCGUAAGCUACUAACAACCAAGAACUACAUAGAUUUUUCACGACUGCUCUGACUACGUUUCACACACUGUCGUUGUGCAGGAACAAAGCAUGUGCGCGUCGGACCGUCUGUGUCGAU